CUCCACCCAGUUUUAAGAAGAAUCGGUAACAACCACUAGCUCAAGUCUCGAAUCAAAGGAGGAUUCGUAUAUACUUCGUAUGUAAGAUUCAUUGACAUGCAACAAUGCUUGCUACAUAUAACCUAGAUAGUCUUUGUUACACAGGGAUUAUAAAGUCGGCUUCCAGGGAGUAUUUGAUUUGGUAUUAAUAAUGAUAAUGUCAGACGCAAAGUAGAUCCACUGGUUCUAUUAAUGCGAAUAACAGGAUAUUGCUCCAGCCCGGAUAGAUUCAUGUAGUCAGAGAAAACUACAAGCAAUAUACCGGAGCCUGAAACUCAUUGAGCUUAUGGGGGUGACGAUAAACGAUUGAAUACACAGUAAAAUGCCUCAAUAUUCCUUCAGAAUACCAACAUCUCGUCAUCGUUCGGAUUUAGGCAAUGUAGAGGAGCCUGGUUAUCACCAUCGCCCCAUGAAACCUUUGUACAGGAAAGGCCGUAAAACCUUCUAGAAAUUCCAAGUGCCUUAUUUCCACUAACAUUGCUUUUGCUAUACAGCUACAAUUCUUUGCGAAGUUCAGCCUACAUCAUUUUCAUUCAUGUUAGACAGAAUGGAUGAAACAGAGCGUUACCGAGAUGUUCUCGGCCAGCUGCCUUUCUUGAAAAGCUAUACACACCUUUUACUAUGCUUCCCAAUUACAGAUGAUAAAGAUCGGGAGCUCAUAGUAUCUUCUCUGGAAGAUAGUAUACUCAAACUGAAGUCAAGCCUACCAUGGCUCGGCUACCGAGUUAUGAACGACGGUAAAAGUAGCAGAUUAGCCGUCUGUCCAAAAUUCGCACCACCCAAUUCCUCAUUGCAAGUUCGAGACCGCUCCAAUGAGUGCCCAUCAUUUUCAGAAAUUAUCAAGGCAAAAGGUCCAUUUUCGAUGCUGGACGGGUCCCUCGUAGCGCCCGUGGUUGCUUUCCCGCAGUCAUACGAGGAGUCGGACUUGAAGCCUGCACCAGUCAUCUCAUUCCAAGCCAACUUUGUUAAAGGUGGCCUGUUGCUUGACUUUGCUGCCCAACACAAUACAAUGGAUCUGAGUGGCAUGUGCCAAUGCCUUCACUUGUUGGCAGAAGCCAUGCGAGGUGACGAGUUCUCGGCUUUGGAACUGGAACAGGGGAAUCGAGACAGGCGGCAUGUCGUUCCCCUGCUCCGUCCAGAGGAGCCGCUACUGGAUCACAGCCACAUGAUCCGCCUACCAAACCCUUCACUAUCUUCAGGAGUACCGCCUGGUCCAAGUCAACACGGGAUCAUAAAUCAGCCCGUCUGGAAUUGGCAUACAUUCCGAUUCUCCGCAACUAGUCUACGAGCACUCAAGGAGCUGGCAUCUCAAUAUACUGCAUCAUCAGAUCCAAAUAGAGACCAGACUAUGGCAUUCGUCUCUACCAAUGACGCUCUCUGCGCAUUCUGGUGGCAGCGCCUUUCUUUCACACGACUGGCCCGCAGCGACGGCACAGGCCCUUUUAAACUAGAUCAGCUGAGCAAAUUUAGUCGCGCAAUAGACGGCCGUACCGCUCUAGAUAUCCCGCCAGAGUACAUCGGUCAAAUGGUCCACACAUGUCCCACGAAGCUCCCUAUCGGCGAAGUCGCUACCAGGCCUUUGGGCUACGUGGCUGCAGAGUUACGCCGUAAUUUGAAGACGUAUAAUACGCCGCAGAUGGUUCGAAGCUUCGCAACACUGAUAGCUCGUGCAGAAGACAGGAGCACCAUCACAUUUAUGGCAACAUUUGACCCAACUAUUGAUGUAGGUUGCUCGUCAUGGGCGCAUGCAGACGUGUACUCUAAAGAAUUCGGAAAGGUUUUGGGGAAGCCGGCACUAGUGAGGAGGCCAAGGUUUGAUCCAUUGAAGGUGUUGUGUAUUUCCUCCCGAAAAACUUGGAUGGAGAUAUUGAUGUAAUAACUUGUUUAACUCAAGAAGACCUUGAAGGAUUAGUAUCGGAUGUGGAGUUCAAGAAGCAUACAGAGCGUAUUGUGUAACUAGGGCUUACAUCUUGAUAAAAUUCUGGUAGUAAAGUUCAGCAGAAUUCAACUGGUUAAAUAUGUGUGCCAUUGCAAAAGUCUUCCUAUCGACAUAUAGAUAUACCGAUGCUUGUGAAUGUUGUAAUGUAUUAAGAUAUUGACUAAGUAUA